CCGGGAGCACGGCGGGGGAGUGAGGGGUGGGGGUGGUGUGUGCGGAAAAGCCGGGGAGGGGACUUGAUCCGGGCUGGAGACCGACGGUAACAGCGGCCCGGGACCUACGCUGCCCCCGCCCCUCCCGAGCAGGCUCCCCAUGGCCCGAUCCCGCUGAUUCCUUCACUCGGCCAUGCUCCCGCGGCCCCUGCGGUUGCUCUUGGACGCGAGUCCCCCCGGGGAAGUCGUGCUGAGCAGCUUCCGGAGCCGGGACCCUGAAGAGGGUGGGGGCUCAGGUGGCCGGGGCGUGGGCGGGGGGCAGGAGGAAGAGGAGGAGGAGGAGGAAGAAGAGGUCCCCGUAUCCACCUGGGAGGAGGAGGAGGAUGGUGCCAUCUUUACUGUCACAAGUCGCCAAUACCGGCCUCUUGAUUCCUUGGCCCCCACACCACCUCCACGCUACUCCCGCCGGCUCCGAGCUGGCACUCUGGAGGCCCUGGUCAGACACCUGCUGGACCCUCGGACAUCAGGGGCUGACAUGACCUUCACUUCAGUCCUCCUGGCCACCCACCGGGCCUUCAUCUCCACUCCUGCCCUGCUGGGGCUUAUGGUUGACAGGUUGGAAGCCCUUGAAUCUCAUCCAACUGAUGAACUAGAGAGGACAACAGGGGUAGCCAUCUCAGUGCUGUCAACCUGGCUGGCCUCUCACCCUGAGGAUUUUGCCUCUGAGGUCAAGGGUCAGCUUGACCAGCUUGAGAGCUUCUUGCUUCGGACAGGGUAUGCAGCAGGGGAGGGUGUUGGGGGGGGCAGCGCUGACCUCGUCCGCAACCUCCGGUCCCGGGUGGACCCCCAGGCCCCCGACCUUCCUAAGCCCCUGGCCCCCCCUGGCGACCCCCCUGCUGACCCCACGGAUGUCCUGGUGUUCCUCGCUGACCACUUGGCCGAACAGCUGACCAUGCUAGAUGCGGAGCUGUUUCUUAAUCUAGUCCCCUCUCAAUGCCUGGGGGGCUUAUGGGGUCACAGAGACCGGCCAGGACAUACCCACCUCUGCCCAUCUGUUCGAGCCACUAUCACACAAUUCAACAAGGUGGCAGGGGCGGUGGUCAGCUCUGUCCUGGGGGCCACUUCGAUUGGAGAGGGGCCUGGGGAGGUGACCAUAAGGCCACUCCGACCCCCCCAGAGGGCCCGGCUGCUGGAGAAGUGGAUCCGUGUGGCCGAGGAGUGCCGUCUGCUCCGAAACUUCUCUUCAGUAUAUGCCGUUGUGUCUGCCCUGCAGUCCAGCCCUAUCCACAGGCUCCGGGCAGCCUGGGGAGAAACAGCCAGGGACAGCCUCAGAGUCUUUUCCAGCCUCUGCCAGAUUUUCUCUGAGGAGGAUAAUUAUUCCCAGAGCCGGGAGUUACUCCUGCAGGAGGUGAAGCUAAAGCCCCCUCUGGAGCCAAACUCCAAGAAGCCCCCGAGGUCUGGCUCCCGGGGUGGGGGUGUGGUCCCCUACCUUGGCACCUUCCUGAAGGACCUCGUGAUGUUGGAUGCAGCCUCUAAGGACGAACUCGAGAACGGUUACAUCAAUUUUGACAAGCGGAGGAAGGAGUUUGGUGUCCUUUCUGAGCUGCGGCGGCUCCAGAAUGAAUGUCGUGGCUAUGACCUCCGACCUGACCCUGAUAUCCAGCGGUGGCUAAAGGGGCUCCAGCCACUGACAGAGGCCCAGAGCCACUGCGCGUCCUGUGAGGUGGAGCCACCUGGUACCAGUGACCCUCCUGCCUCGCGGGUGCUUCGGCCGACACUGGUCAUCUCACAAUGGACAGAGGUUCUGGGCUCUGUUGGGGGCCCCACCCCCCUCAUGUCCUUUGACCAGCCCAGUAUGGGGGCAGAUGAAGUGCCUGGAACCCCUGCUCCUCUGCUGACCCGGCUGGCCCAGCACAUGAAGUGGCCGUCUGUCUCAUCUCUGGACUCUGCCCUGGAAAGCACUCCAUCACUGCACAGUCCUGCUGACCCCAGCCACCUCUCUCCACCAGCCUCCUCCCCUAAGCUUUCUCGUGGUCACCGCCGCUCCGCCUCCUGUGGCUGCCCCCUCAGUGGGGGAGCAGAGGGGGCCUCCAAGGGGCCUGGGUAUGGGGGUGGGGGGCCUGGGCCAGGAGCCUCUGAUUGCCGAAUCAUCCGAGUCCAGAUGGAACUGGGGGAAGAUGGCAGUGUCUAUAAGAGCAUCUUGGUGACAAGCCAGGACAAGUCUCCAAGUGUCAUCAGUCGUGUCCUUAAGAAAAACAACCGAGAUUCUGCAGUGGCUUCAGAAUAUGAGUUAGUGCAGCUGCUACCAGGGGAGCGAGAGCUGACCAUUCCACCCUCGGCUAACGUCUUCUAUGCUAUGGACGGAGCAUCACAUGAUUUCCUUCUACGGCAGCGGCGAAGGCCCUCUGCUGCCACACUGGGCCUUGCCAGCGGCCCCUCUGCCUCGGGAACUCCCCCGAGUGAGGGAGGAGGGGGCUCCUUCCCCAGGAUCAAGGCCACAGGGAGAAAGAUUGCACGAGCACUGUUCUGAGGCGGAAACCUUGCUGGCUCACAGAAAUAUUGGUGGCCAUACCAAUGUGGGUAGCCAUCUUGAAUGGUGGCAGUCAUGUCUCAUUGGAACAGAACUCCAGAAAGGUGUUCACCAGGGCAGUGACGUGCCACUGGCUUACCAGAUAGCUG